AGAGAGAGAGAGAGAGCUGUGUGAGGUGACUAGCGAGAGCAGUGCAGCAGAGAGUUGGACACCAUACAGAGCUAGAUUAGGUGUUUGUAAGUAUGCGGACUGGUAGAGUUUGUGUGUGAUUUAAGACAGUGAUGUGCCAGAGCAGGAAGUGACUUUAUCAGCGAGAGAGUCAAUGUUAUAGUCACAUGUGUAACGUGUCAGUGAUGCACAUUCAGGGCUCAUGGAAGCCUCAUCGGGCAGCACAGCAGAACUGCCAGAAGCAGAAUGCUUGGCUGUGGCCAGCAGGAUGCCGUUCUGCAGUCAGGAGGAGCAGGAGUCAUCUCUUGGCCUGCUAAGUGUCGCUGAGCUCAGUCUGGGCCUGCAGUCACUCAGCCUGCCCUGGGAGCAGCCAUGGAACCGCACUGAACCUGAACUUCCAGCCAGGCCCAGCUCUCCUGAAAACAUGCUGGGGUUGUGGCCUAGUUCUCUCGCCGAUGCCCUGGACACUCUGCAGGGUUUUCCGAGCCAGAACUCUUUUGCUGGAGGUGACCUAUUGGAAUAUUUUCCCAGCCUGACCCGCAUGACGGAGUCUCUUUCUCUGCUAAACUCCGGAUCUAGCAGUCCUGUUGACUCUGAGACCAGCCCUAUUUCGUCUGGAUCGGACCACCUGGCCAGUUUACGGAUCUCUCCUCCGAUGAAAUUCCACCUGUUUGACAGUCAGAAAGAGGCCUCAUUGCCUAGCAGAGGACAGCGAGAAGACUCCAUCUCUCCAAUUGCCCCUGCUCUCCCUGCAGUACUUGAAGAGUCACUGGCUAAAUGCUGGACCAGAACAGCACCCUGGUCUAGGUGGAGCACCCAGAAAGCACAGGAUUCAUUCAGCAUCGAGACUAAGGCUCAGCUGCACAGACAGGCCGCAGCAACAAAUGAAGCUACUUGUACCUGGGCUGGACAACUGCCUCCACGCAUCUACAAAACCCCCAUCUACUCCUGUAAAGUGUUCCUAGGAGGAGUGCCAUGGGAUGUCACAGAGAGGUGUCUUCUGAACACAUUUAAUUUGUUCGGAUCUCUAAAAGUGGAGUGGCCUGAUAAGGAUGGUAAACACUCUCAGUGCCCACCUCAAGGUUAUGUGUACCUAGUGUUUGAUUUGGAGAAAUCAGUGAAGGCUUUGCUGCAGGCCUGCAACCAUCGUCACCUGCAUCCUACAGAUUACCUGGAGUACUAUUACAAGAUUUCUAGCAAGAAGAUACGCUGUAAGGUGGUGCAGGUGAUCCCUUGGGUGAUCACAGACAGUAGUUUUGUGUGCUCCCCCUCGCUGCGGUUCUUUCCCAGUAGAACAGUGUUUGUUGGGGCUCUGCAUGGCAUGCUGACGGCUGGAGAUUUAGCUCACAUCAUGAAGGAACUGUUCGGGGAGGUCGUGUACGCCGGGCUUGACACGGACAAGCACAAAUAUCCAAUAGGGUCUGGACGUGUGACAUUCAGGAACCAGAAGAGCUACCUGAAAGCAUUGACUGCUGCAUUUGUGGAAAUCAAGACAACCAAAUUCUCCAAGAAGGUUCAGAUUGAUCCAUACCUUGAUGACUCCAUGUGCCAAAUAUGUAAUUGUCAGCCAGGCCCAUUCUUCUGUAGAGAUCAGACUUGCUUUCAGUACUACUGCCGCUCUUGUUGGCACUGGCAUCACUCAGUAGACAUGCUGAGCAGUCACCGGCCUCUGAUGCGCAACCAGAAGAACCUGAACCCAAGCUAAACAGCCGAUGCAAACUGUAUUUCUGCCGCUAGCCCGGAGGUUUUUGGGCUCACUUGACCCCCUGCGAUUUAACCGUGCCAUUUUCUCUGCAGCUCACCGGAGCCGAGUCAGAGAACGACUAGAAAGUUCACAUUUCAUUGCUUUUUCUCUUUUUGCUUUUCACUUGUUCAUGAAGGCACUAUGUAGAGUGACGUGCCAUGUGAUGGUGGCCCAUUUGCACCAUUACCUGGGCAACCAUCACCAUGGAGAGAACUCCAGAUUUCUGCGGGUGGCAACUAAAUAAAACCCGCCUGUUUUUUUAGAUUGUUUUUCUUUAUUUACAUCUUUGUGUAUGAAGUGGCAAAUGCAUACAAACGCAUGGCAUCUAUAUUUAUUGUUUAGCAUUCAUGUCAAGUAGCAUUUAUAUUGUCAGUUUCAUCAGUACAUUAUUAGUAUUAUUACUGAUUAACCUUAGGUCAAAAAGCCCUUUUAGCUAGACAUUAAAAAUGUUACUUUUUUACAUACUUAUAUUUCUGGCUUUACUGGAUUAAGAUGUGGAUGUCAUUACACUAUGGAUUCUAACUACAUGGAGUUAGUUAUUCUAACUACAUGGAGUGGAUAUUUUUAGUUUUAUCUUAACCCUUCAGAAACGUUAAUGUGCAGCAGCAUUAAAUAUCCCACAUGUGGCUGCUAUUGCUGGUUAGGAACAGACUGUAGACUGUACAUAGUUUUAAUCGAAUUGUUGCACUUUAUUCAAUUGCACUUCAGGGAAAGGGGGACAUGUAGUUUUAAAUUUACUCUUGUACAACUAUUGAAUGGGAGAGUUGUUUAAGCAUGAUCCUUUAAUUUACUGAUACUGUUUCUGGUUCUGUUCCAAGUGAAUUGAGCUAACUCUGGUUCAAGGCCUAUUGAUUGUAAAGUGUUCUAGAUCAAAUGCAAUUUAAUUCUUAGUUUUAUUUAAGAUUUACGGCUUAUGUGCCAAAGAAAGAUCUAGUCUCUGUCUCUCUGUGUGUAUCUCUCUCUCUCUCUCUCUCUCUCUCUCUCUCUCCUUUGUUUUUCAUUGAGGUUUGUUGUGCUGAGCUUGUUGCCUGGUCCAACUGCUUUUUUAUUUUUUUGAGUCUAAAAAUCUCUACCUCAUUGGUCUGCGAGUGUUGCUAUGGUUACAUAACUUGGAGGUUGUUCCAGUUGGGCACAAUAAAGUUGUUGAAGCAUUUACAAGUCUGUUUAAUUUCUUUAAAGGUCUUUUUAUACAUAUGUAUAUGUUAAAAGAAAUAUGUCAUGCACAAUAAAGCCUGAUUCACUCACA